AUGGGCCAUGACCCUCCACGCUGGCCCAAUGCGGAUUGGAGGGUAUUAACGACUGCAAAUGCAGCCGGGACCAACGGCUUAACGUGCCUUCCGAAGCACGGAGUAGUUCGAGAUAAUAAUUUUUUGGUCACCCAUCCCGUGACCGACCCUUGCGAACGUUGCUUAACAACUACGAUCGCGGGCCACGGCGCUUAUCCACAACGCCACCGAGUUUUCAUAACGCCCACCAUAAAAUGUGCUCCACUAAGCAGUAUCUCUAAACAAUAUUUUAAAAUACUAUAUUGAAGUAUAAAAAAUAUAUCUACCAAAUACUCACUGAA